AUGGAGGGGCAGCUGCUGGCUCAGCACUCAUUAGAGGAAAAUAAGCAAGAACCCCUCUACAGAGAUUAUAAACCACCAUCCCUGGAUGCUAUCCAGUUGCCCACUUAUAUUCUGUAUCUGCUCAUGGCAGCACUGGUGGUGGUGACUGUGGCAUAUGCAAUUGUUGGUCAUCUGAUGAAAGACCUUCUUCAUGACUUUGCUGAUUGGGCAUUUGGACCAAAGUUAGAUAACCCAGAAGAAAAAGUCCACAGAGAAAAGGGUGACUGGCGAGAAAAUGAGUUCAACCUCAAUAUGGAUGGAUGUGGGGGGGAUAGUGGGGACCUGCUGGAUGUGGAACCCAUCCAUCCACCAACCAAACACCGCCCCUCCAUCAUCACCUUCAAAGAGGCCAGUCGUAGCAGGUUUUUCUGA